AUGUGGGAGGCGGAGGCGCAGUCCGGCACGCACCGCGUGGAUCCCGUCGCGUACUUCCAGACGCGCCAGGGACGCCGCACCGCCGGCUACGCGCGGCGCCCAUCGCAGGUCGUGAUGGGCGCGGCGGAGGCCAGCGGGGCGUCGCCUCGUCGGCGGGGCCGGGAACGAGGACCCGGCAAAGACUUUGCACGAUUUAUCGAGAUGUUCGGCUUCCCCGAGCGGCGGCCGCAGCCCUCGUCGCAAAAGCGUCUCUUCUCGGCCUCCGCGCAGCCAAGCAGCGCCAACCUCUUUCAGCCCCCCGGCGAGCCGGAUCUACGGCGCCUGCUGCGCGGUGGAGCGGCAGAGACGAGGGAAGAGGCGGAGUCACUUGUCAACGGGACGCGUGCGUCGCUGCCGCACCGCGACGUGGAAAGUGUGGCGUCGCAGGGUGCAUGCAGCGUGGGCGCCGAGCUGUACGACAACGACGAGGAGGUGGUCGCCGAACUUGAGGAACGCAUUCAGCUGCUGGAGCAGGCGUUGGAGUAUGAGCGGUGGCGGCUGCAGUCACUGCGUGCCGGAAGAAAUCUUCAGAUUCCCGAAGCGGCCCCUGCGGACGCCCUGACGCGGCUUCAUACGGGCGCUGCAGAUGCGUCCGCAGGCGUACCCGGUGCGACACCGUGCAACGCUGCGGCCAGCGCCAUGCGAAGCGAGUGCCCAGUACGGUUGUGCUGCGAGCCACGGCAGCUGCGGCCGGGCGGUGAGGGCGCCUCUUGUUUGGCGUCCCACCCCGCACAAGCGGCUUGGAGCGCUGAUGAUAAUGAUAGCGUUUCACCACGAACGACGGUCGUCGUUCGACCAGUGCCCUCUCAUGACAAGCUCGCUAUCGCCAGACCAGCUGCCCAAGGGCAACCACACGCAGGUCGGCCAGAGUCACGAGCAUCAACAAGAGCAGCAACCACAGCUGUUGCAAUGCGGGGCCGCAGCAAUUGGACGCUGGCAGCUCACUACGCCGGAUGGACGUAG